UUAUGACAUUGGAAUAUUUUGUAAAGUAAACAAAUUCCUUAGCUGCAACGACUCUUCGACUCUUCUUUUUGACUGAACGCAGCAACAUGGCAAGUAAUGAUGUUCGGACUCACACUCCAUCCCCAACACCAUCAGAAGAGAACAGGAAGAAUGCUAGAGAUGACAUGAUGAAAAAUGCAUUGGAAAUGUUCAUGAACAAAUCCUCGCAGAGCUAUGAUGAUUUUCUGAAAUCGUUUACCACUCUCAAAGAAAGCAAACCAGAUGUUGUUCCUUCCCUGGCUGAACGUAAGAAGCUUGAUAAGUCCUUAGAAAGUGAAUUAGGUGACAAUAAAUGUCAACCUACAUCAGUGAACAUUGAAGGCCCGGUCAAAUCCACAAGAAAUAUUGUGAAUGAUAUCAAACGAAGAAAGAUGGGCAAAGUCAUUGUACAAAAGGGCACAAAUCCUGGUUUGCAAGAGGAGGAGAUAGAGGAACAGGUUCUGGGCAAUGGAGAAGUUAGUAACAGGCUUGCACAUUCAAAUGUCAUAAGGACAGGAAGAGUAAAGGUUGAUAAUUUUGUGGAAACUGAAGAUGAUGAUGAAAGCCUUUUAUGUGAAUACAAUGCCAGUUUCUCAGCAGGUUCAAUAUCCAGCCAUUCAUCCAAACUUUGCCCAGCACACUGCAACACUCAGAGUGGGGUCGAUAAAGAUGUCAUGUCCAUUCAGAGUUCUUCUGUGACAGAUAAACUGCUAAUGGAUUUCAUGAUGGACUUACAAAAUGAACUGGAAGGAAGAUCUGAUGUUACAAAUUCAAACCUAAAAACUGAUCACAUCAAUGGCCAAUUAAAUACCUCUGCAGAUAUACAGGCAUUUAUACAAACUAAACAUAAACGUGAAUUAAAGAAAACUGUUCCUAAUGAAGGUAGGAAUGCAGAUAAAUCUGAAAGUGGAGAUGAGCUGGUGGAUUUCGAUGACGAUGAAAGUGAUGCAGCCCUGACUCUUUGUGAUGAAACUAAGAACGAAAAUGUUGAAGUAAAAAUAAAGCCUGGAGAGUUGGAAUUAAUGGCGAAUGAUGAAAAAGGUGCUGUGCAAUCAAAGCUCAGCAAGUUAAAUGACAUUUACAAGCAUGCUCUCAUGGAUUCUGAGGGUGUCAUGCAGACUGCUGCCGCAAGACACCCAAUGGAGGAAGGGACAGCUACUGAAGAGUAUUUGGCAAGGGAGACAACCCUUUUAUUUCCUGGUCAAAUUGAGGAGCAGGAUAAUGUGAUGACUCAGACAAGAAACACGCUUCUGGAUUUCAAGGCUAUAUACAAGGAGCCAAGUUUGGGGGCUGAUAAACAGGUUGACAGCCACAUCUGUGAUACUUCUGUUGAGGCAUUCCAGUUGGAUGAAACCUUUGACUAUGAUAAUGUUGUUCUCACACCGAAAUUCUCCAUGGAGGAUAUGACAAGAUUAAAACAAAUGGAAGUGGUGAUGACAUAAAGUUGAAAUCAAAUAUGAAAUUUGAAGCCAGUGUACAAGAACAUUUAAUGACACUCCACAUUUACUAAGACACAAGCUGUUAACUGAAAUAAUGAGUACAUUUGUUUAAUUUGAACAAACUUACUUAAAUAAUCAAUGAAAACCUCCAUGCAAAAAAGUUUGAAUAUACCUUGGUAUGUCAAAACUCUACUGUAUGUUGGUAACAUAUGAUAUUCUAUUUCAUUCGGUUUAAGAAAAAGUAUCCAUUCUUUAAUAAAUAACUUUUUCUACGACA